AGUCAUGAAGAUUGCACAGUUGUAGUGUAAGGUGGCGUUGGUACAGUGCAGUAUAUGUUGUGUAUGCUGGAGUGAUGUGCGGCGUUCAGUUUGUUUAGAAAUCUGCUAGAGAUUGGUAAUAAUGCCGAAAUUGCGUGACGCAGACGUGAAAGCAUUAGAAGAAUAUAUAGCGACUGGAUUCCAGAAAUCAUUUCCUGUUGAAGAAGGUGCAUGCAGUGAAAUCAUUGUAUAUCUCAGACAUGGGAAGUAUGCAGAUAUAUUGGAGUCUGAGCUGUCAAAGGCUGUGUUUAACAAAUUUCUGAGUUGUGCUUCAACAGAAGAGCUCUUGGACAAGUCCUUGCAGUAUUCUGUUGAGUGCUAUAUCGACCAGAAUGAAUUAUCACUGGAAAGGCAGCUGGACGUGCUGUGUGUCGGCAUCUCGUCGCUGCUGUUCUUUGUCCGGGCAAACUGGACAGGCCCUCCUGUGGAGCCAAGCGACCUGCCCCCGUGGCUGCGGGACAGGGAUGCCGUUGCGGCGGCCUGCCUCGUGCUGGACGGGGAGGCCCUCUAUCCCUCCACCAGGCACGUCCAACUGCUCGCUGUCGCUGCUGCAGUCUUCAAGACCACUGCAGAGAGGUUCUCUGCCAAUCUACCCACGACUCCGUGGUGGCUGAUGCGCUACCUGGUGGCACACCAGCGCGUCCUGGAGGAGGCGUCCCCCACGCUGCACGCUUCCCUCGUGUCGCUGCUCGAGGGCAAGGUGGCGGAGGCGAGCUCGGGCCCGCUGGUGGGCGGUAUCGCAGGGGUGCUGCUGCCCCUCGAGUCGGCCCUCGUCUGGCUCCACUUCGGGCAGGUGCUGCGCUCCAAGGAGCUGCUGCUCGCCGCACUCGGGCGGGCCGGGCUCACGCUGGAGCUUGUCGGUGCUAUGGGAAAAAGAACCCGUUAUCAAGAAAAGGAGCUCGCUCAGCUGACUCUAAAAGUUGAGCUGGAAGCAACAGAACAGCCUUCAGGUGAUGGGAUCAGUGGCCUGAGCUCGGAAGAGUUGGCUGAUCGCCUACCAAAGGACCUGCAACUUGAUGACGAUGUCCGGUUGAACCGCAUCCAGUAUGCAGAAGACAGUGGUGCCGGUGAAUAUCCCAAGCUGAGCCCCUCCGAUCAGGCAGUUAUCCUUGGUGCAUUUGUCCAAACCCAGAAAUCUCAACCCAAGGACAGACUUGCUGAUGAGGAACUGAUGCCUUACCUAGAGUGUGUGCUGGCAGCUCCCCAGUCCUGGAGUGUCCAGAUGUCAGCGCUGCUGCUUCGCUGCCGACUGGAGUCGUGGCAUUCACGUACAGUGGAGCGUUCGAUGAAUCAGUGCCAGAUUCUGGUAGAUGCCAUAGACAGCGACAAGCCUCCAGUAGCCUUCCGGUGGCCGCAGCUCUUCUCUACUCCGCUGCCGCCGCGGUGGCACAUCGAGUCGGAGCUGGCACACCUGCUGCUGUCCCUGGGUGCCGUGAACAGUGCCCUCGACAUCUUCCUGCGUCUUGAGGAGUGGGAGGCCGUCGUCAACUGCUACCACAUGCUCAAGCUGCGCCAUAAGGCUGCCGAGAUAGUGAGGCACGAGCUGCAGAAGAAGGAGACGGUGAAGCUGUGGUGCCUGCUCGGGGACUCGACAGAUGACCCGGUGUACUACGAGAGGGCCUGGGAGCUGUCAGGACGGCGCAGCGCGCGUGCCCAACGCCACUGGGGGCUGUUCUACUUCAACCGCAAGCAGUAUGACAAGGCCAUUCAACAUCUCUCAAAGUCCCUCGAAAUCAACAGCUUGCAGGCAGGUCUGUGGUCCAGACUCGGUUUUGCCUGCCUCGAGGAAAGCCAGUGGGACAUGUGUGCUACUGCUUACCGCCGCUACUGUGCCCUCGAUAAUGAGAACUUCGAGGCUUGGAACAAUCUGGCGAAGGCCUACGUAAAACUGGGUCAAAAGGCUCGCGCCUGGAAGGCACUGAAAGAAGCUCUCAAAUGUAAUUUUGAGAACUGGAAAGUGUGGGACAAUCUCAUGAUUGUGAGCACUGACUGCGCAGAGUUUGAAGACGUCAUACAAGCAUAUCACAGGAUAUUGGACCUCAAAGCUAAGCAUGUCGAUGAGGAUGUCCUUCGAAUCCUGGUGAAAGCAGUGGCAAACAACCUCCCAGAUAAUGCCGGUGUGCCAUCACGGAGACUGAUAAAGGCUGCACUGGGUCUGUUUGGGCGUCUUACAGGACAGGUGACGAACAACCCGACGCUGUGGCGGCUUUACGCACAGCUGACGUCGAGCCAGGAGGUGCAGACCCCGGAGACACUGCAGCGCACAGCGCAGUACCUGCAGAGGGCACACCGCUCUGCCGUGCAGGACCUCCGGUGGGCUUCCGACCGGCAGACCGCCGCCGACGUGCUCGGCCUCUGUAUCGAGUUGGUUGAUGCCUACCUCCAGUGCUUCCAGAAGUUUCCGACAAACCAGGGCCUCCAGAUGCUGUCCUCAGGAAGAUUAUCGCUUAAAAGUGUCCUCGCAAAGGUUAAGCAAGAACAGACUGAUCUGGCAUCAGGCACCCUGUCAGAGGAACUGAAGGAUUUGGUGUCAACUCUGGAGGUGAAGUUGGAAAGCAUCGAAUCGGAGAUGGCACAACUGCGUGGCCAAUCGGAGCAACAGUGAGCUUUCCUGAGAUCUCUCACUUCACUGUGCUAUACUGAACAAUAAUGCGAAUGUGCUCAAGCCAGCCAGAGCAGCUUUCCAUUCAUCUUGGGACUGCGUGACAGUGGCAUUGCAUUGACUGUAUUAACACUGACAUACAGUGGAGUAAAUGAGUCUGGAUGUGUCACUGGUAUCAAGAUAGUAUACUUUGUACAUACUAAUAAAGACAUGGAAUUGUAA